AUGGCCAGUCGCGAUGGCCACAUGUCUGAGCCAUUCCAACGCAAAGUGGACGAGCUAGUAAGGAAGUAUGACUGCAUCAUUGAGCCCAAUGCUGUUUUGCAUGCCAUCCUUCAGGAUCCAGAGAGUCUGAAUUCUCUCGUCAACGCAAUUCAACGCCAGGCAUCGCUCGUGCGGCACCGGUCUCAGAACCCCGAAGACGGAGAGAUUACCGUCUUUGACAACGCUCUGAUGAUUUUGUCCGGUAAUGGCCAUGAUACCCAAGACAUCGGAGCUCUCGAACUAUACCUGGCCGAAUAUCUUGGGAUCUGUACAUUUUCUCCCAUCCCCCAUGCUAAACAAGGUUUGCAUGAGUAUGACAUGCUCCAAAACACCGUGACCGGAGGUGACCUUUGCCCUUCUACCUUUCAUUUAGCAUUCCUUCUAUGGACAAUUCUCACUAGCUUCGCAGAAAGUGUAUCCAACAGCACCAAUGACAGAACUACAGCUGCAGAACAGCAACCGCACUCAAGUCCCGAACAAGCGGUCAAUACUCAUGUCCAAGCACACGAGCACCCUCGGAGACAGCAGCACAUACUUCCUCCACGGCCACCUCCAACCCUUGAGGAAAUCCGUCGCCGCGAGCAAGUGGAACGACUGCUUCGGAUCUAUGAAAAGGCCAAGGCGGAAUACAACAAGAAGAAUCCCGAAGAAAUUGAUGUCGGCUUGGCCAGAUACUUCCGCGAUACAGCUGAAACUACGCUUGACUUUCUGCGAGUUAAUGACAUGUCAGACCAUCCCCUGAUUCCCGAUAUCGAAUUCUCGUUUGAACGCGCCAAGUGCAAAGCUGCUCAGUUGGCGGGCCGGGGUCGUCACUUCGACCAGCCUCAGGCAGCAGCGUCAACACCCAACCAUCCUUCUAAGAACAGGAGAAGACGCCGUCCCCGAUAUCGCGAGGUUGACUCCUAUCGUCCUGGUCAUAAGUGA